CCCAGCCCCGUGUGUGAGAGAGCAGAGGGCGCGUCACACGGGCAAUGAAGAGGAGUGUAAUGGACCAAACCGUUGUCUUAGGCGAACCCACCAACCUCCAAGACGUUGUCGUUUCCCUGACACUUCUCAGGCUCAUUUGCAGAGACGACAAAAAAAAUCGAGUGAUCACAAAGUGAAGAGUUUGGUGCGUGGUGGUUAGUACUGCUCGCCGGUCUCUCUACUCAAGAGUGAAGGGCAUAGAAUCACAAGUGGUGAUGGUUUUAGGAGUGGGAUCAAUGGAGUUGGGUUCAAUGUGGAUGGUUCUUUUGUGCAGUACUAGCUUUGUUGGUGUUUUUCUGACCCUGAAAUGGCUUCUGAUGAAUGUAAACCGGUGGGUCUAUGAAACCCCGUUGGGCGAAAAGCAGUACCGUCUCCCACCUGGUGACUUGGGUUUGCCUUUCAUUGGCAACAUGUGGUCCUUCCUCAAAGCCUACAAGUCCACUAAACCUGAAACCUUCAUCGACUCCUUUGUUUCCAGAUUUGGAAAAAUUGGAAUAUACAAGGCUUUCAUGUUUGGGAGUCCCAGUAUCAUUUGUACGGUGCCAGAAACAUGUAGAAGAGUUUUGACAGAUGAUGAUGCAUUUAAGCCCGGUUGGCCUGCUUCCACCGUUGAACUCAUUGGAAAGAAAUCAUUCGUUUCCAUACCCUUUGAAGAGCACAAGCGUCUGAGAAGACUAACAGCAGCUCCGGUCAAUGGUCAUGAAGCAUUGUCUAUGUACAUACCAUAUAUUGAGGAGAUUGUUAUAUCUUCUUUGGAAAAAUUGGCCACCAUGGGACAGAUAAAGUUUUUAACUCAACUCAGAAAGAUUACUUUCAGAAUUAUUAUGUUCAUCUUUCUUAGCACAGAGACUGAGUCUGUGAUGGAGGCUCUAGAGAGGGAAUAUACAGAACUGAACUAUGGAGUUAGAGCCAUGGCAAUCAAUAUCCCGGGAUUUGCUUACCAUAAGGCACUUAAGGCUCGGAAAAAUCUUGUUGCUAUUUUUCAGUCUAGUGUAGAUGAGCGCAGAGCCCAAAAGAAGGCUGGCAAUUUCUUCAGAAAGAAGAAAGAUAUGAUGGAUGCUCUGCUGGAUGUUGAAGAUGAAGAUGGAAGGAAACUUACAGAUGAAGAAGUCAUUGACAUUCUGCUAAUGUACUUGAAUGCUGGCCAUGAGUCUUCUGGCCAUACCAUCAUGUGGGCGACUGUUUUGCUACAAGAACAUCCGGAAGUGUUCCAGAAAGCUAAGGCAGAGCAAGAAGAGAUUUUAAAGAGGCGGCCACCAACACAGAAGGGACUGACACUUAAGGAAUAUCGAGAAAUGGAAUAUCUUUCUAAGGUGAUCGAUGAAACUCUUCGGUUUGUAUCAUUCUCACUUGUGGUGUUUCGAGAGGCGAAUAAAGAUGUCAACAUAAAUGGUUAUAUCAUUCCAAAGGGAUGGAAAGCUUUGGCCUGGUUUAGGAGCGUUCACUGGGAUUCUGAAAUAUAUCCAAAUCCAAAAGAAUUUAACCCUUCUAGAUGGGAUAACUAUACACCGAAACCAGCAACUUUUCUUCCCUUCGGAGCUGGAAGCAGGCUGUGCCCGGGAAAUGAUCUUGCUAAGCUGGAAAUUGCUAUUUUCCUACACCAUUUUCUUCUUGGUUAUGAGGUGGAGCGAAUUAAUCCUCAGUGCCCAAUGAUCCACUUGCCUCAUCCUAGGCCAAAAGACAACUGCUUGGCAAGAAUCAAGAAAUGUGCACGUUCACGUGCAUAGAACCAAAUUCAAUUUCCAACAGGUCUUAAAAUGCAGCGGUUUCGGCUGCCUCAUAUUAUGUUCUAUGUUUUGCAAGCUUUGAACUUGGAUAUCUGCCCAUUUGUUAGCAUUCCAGGAGCCAGUAUGCUUCCAACAGUGUGGCAGCAAGUUUGAAUUAGCGGUUUAGGUUUAGUGAUUAAGGGGUUAGUUUCUGCAAGAAAAAGCAAACCUAUGAGAGAUGGGAAUUGUGUGUUUGCAAGAAUGUUGUGUGUAAUCUAGACUUUUUAUUUA